CGGCGACAAAAAGAUAGAGGGAAAUAGCUUCACGAAGCCAAGAUAAGAUGGAAUACAAUUCACUGCUGCGAAGCCCAAAGAAAGAGGAGCACCAAGUACCCGAUGCUGUCCUCCCCAGAUUACCGGAUUCUGCCAUAGCUUAUUCCUACGAUGAUUUCGAUAUUUUGGAUGAACUGGGCGACGGCGUUUUAGCCUGUUCUGAACAUGACGACAGAAAAUUACCACGACACCAAUGUUAUGGUGAUCGGCUUAAUUGGGACUUCUUGGAAUUGGAGGGAUUCUCAACUGCUGAUACGGAGGAAGCAGAAGUAGCAGACGAUGAUGAUGGAGGGGACGACGAAGAAGAAGAGAAGAUGCAGGUGAGAAGCAAAUGCCUUCUGGAAAACGAGAAGAUAAUAAAGAGAGAAAAUAUUGAUUUUUGGGAGGAAGAAGAUGAGAAGACGACGUCUCUGAAAUUGAACUUGAACUAUCAAGAGGUCUUGGAUGCAUGGUCUGACCGGGGCUCUCUCUGGGCCAACGAUUUUUCUCUUUCAAUGGCUUCCAACAUGGGAGAGGUUCCAAUACUUCAGGAAGAUAGAAGCAGAAGGAAUGCAAGCGUUCUGAGGUACAAAGAGAAGCGCCAAAGCAGAUUAUUCUCGAAGAAGAUAAGAUACCAAGUCCGAAAGCUAAAUGCUGAUAAAAGACCCAGAGUCAAGGUCAGUUUUAUUCUUGAGAAGAUUACAUUGAAGUAAGCAAAAAUUAAUCACUGAUAGAUAGAUUUCUUAAAAUUAAGUUAUUGCCAAUAAGUCCCCUGAAGAACUUGUGAAAAGAACAUACAGGAUGAAUUAUAAAUUUCUCAAUUUAAAUCACGCAAAUUCAACAAUAAUUUAUUGAUGAUGAAUCAAUUUCAGAGAAAUCAUUAGUAAUUAUUAAGGGUGUUCAACUUGAAUCCAUUCCGAUUGAUCUGAUAUCGUUUCUAUCAUAUUGAGACAGGUUUGUCCGGUCCGAAAAUAAUUGAAAUGGAAUAAGGAAGGACUUCGGGACUGGACGAGACACAGGAUUACUAUUAGGAUAUCUUGUCUCGUCCUGAAUAUUAUAUAUAUAUAUAUAUAUUAUUUUUAUUUUAAAUAUAUUAAUUAUAUUAAUAUAAUUUUUAAUUAUAUUAAUUAUAUCAAUUAUAAUUUCAAUACUUACAAUUAUUAUUUAAAACUAAAGUUUUUUUGUAUUGAUAAUUUUAAUGACAUGGAGUAAACAAAAAAAUAUUUUUCUUUAUAAUAUAUUAAUUAUAUUAAUAUAAUUUAUUUUUAUAUUUUUAUAUUUAAUAACUUUUAUUUAUAUUACAUUUCUUACUUUAUUUUCAAAAAAGUAAUUAAUUUAGCAUAUCUCAAUUAAAAUAGAAGAAUAAUGAUUUGAUGUUGUGCUUGACUUUACCUGUUGUUGCUACUCUUAUAGCUUAAAGAUAACUUGUAUUUGCUAUUAUAAUGUAUAGUUGUGAUUAAUAUAAUUUAAUAAUUAACUUUAAAUAAUUGUGAUUUACAUACCUGUGUUAUUUUAAUUUUAAACUUAAUAAAUUAUAUAAUUUAAAAUUUUAAUGAACAUUAUUAUUUAAUUUUUUUCAAUAUCAUCCAAUUUAAUGGAAUGGCGGGAUAUCUUGAUCUUGUCCUGACUCUUAAUAGGACGGAAUGAGACACAAAAUUAAAAUUUAUUUUAAUAUUUUUUUCAGGAUGGGACCAUUAUGUCCUGUAAACACCUUAGUAAUUAUUGUCUUUUGCUUGGGAUUUUUCUGUGCUUUUCUCUUGGGGGGAAUGAAAACAACGUUGUGGAAUCGUUGAUAUUUUGGAUGUAGGGUCGGUUUGUGAAGAGACUUUAAAAGAGGGAAGGGGAGCGAGGAGGAGCCCAAAAAAUAUCUUCCUUCAUAUCUUGUAAUUUUCCCUUUCAGUGAAUUCCCAAUUUUUGUAUAUAUUUAUGAAAUUAUGAAUUGUAGCAAUCCUAUCCAACGUGUCAAUCCCUGACUUGUUGAUAAUAUGAUGCAUUUGAAUAUCCAUUGCGGAAUUUUGUGUCGAGAGUGCGUGCUCCAUGGAGUAGAGGAGGUCCGGUCUUCGGAAAUGGACUGCUUGUUUGUU